GGCAAGGAGUCUGGCGAAGGGCAGGAGAACGCAAGCGAGCAGCUGGCUGUCGGGACGAGGGUCGAAGCCCGGUAUCAGCUCAGCUCCGGGCGGAUCACCAGCAGGUACUACGCUGGCAGAAUUGUCGGUCGGAACGAAGAUGGCAGCUACCAGGUAGACUACGACGAUGGGGACAAGUGGUACAACGUCCCGCAGGAUGCCGUGCUUCGGCGGAGUGCCGCGGCGGCGGCAGCGGGGGGCGACGGCUCGCAG